UACCACCGUUUUCUUUUUACUUACUGUUACAUUGUGGUGGAAUAUGGAAGCAGAUGAUCAAGGAGAAACAGGCAGGUCUGUCGGUACAAAAUGUGACAGAGAUAAUUCUGACCAGCAAGAAUCCAGAGGCAAAGACAAAUCAAAGGUUUCUGCAACACAGUCUGAUUAUGCUGCACAUAAAGGUGAAGGCUAUGACCCCUCUGACCCCGGACUUCGUCCAAGCCUUCUUGAGGAAGUUCUAGCACAGAAAAAACUGGAGCUAAUGAGAUCCCCAGAAGUCAUGAGAUUCCUUCAGAGUCAACAAGCACAGAAGACAGAGAGGGGCAAAACUCAAAGCAAGGAGUAGACAGAGGCUGGAUCAUCCAUUAAGUCAUUCAUUCCUUGCUCUUUUUUUUUUUUUUGGACCUGUGUUUCAUUGUGAAUUGAAAAAUUGACUUGGAGACAAAGCUGAACAUAUGCAUUGUGUGCUGUUACAUUUUAAUGAUGAUUCUUAAAACUGUUUCAUAAUGACUCGAAAAUCCCAGAUAGAUUUUCUAUGACGUAUUUUUUUGUGUGUUGGAAGAUUAAUAUACGCAUGGAAAAAAAGUCUUCUUUUUUUUCUCUUAGCCUAAGCAUGUGGAUUGGUUCCUUACUAUAAGAUCAGGAUAUAGGGCUCACGGCGGGUGUGACUUGUCGACAGGGAAUGCUUACUCCUCCUAGGCACCUGAUCCUCUGGUAUAUCAAGGGGUCCGUGUUUGCCCAACUAUCUAUUUUGUAUUGCUUAUAGGAGUUAUAAGAUUGAUCACUGUUCGUUAUCUUUCCCCUUUCAUAAAUAGCAGUUUUCAUGUUUGACGUUAUUUUUUUAAGAGCAUCACUUGAUCUCUUAAAACGUGAAACCACUAUCAGUAAAUGUAUUCAUUAUCAUUCUUUUUCAAAGAUAAGAUAUGAUAUUUUGAGGAGAGUUUAUAGUCAAUAUCUAUGCCUCUAUCUAUUGAUUCAAAUGUCUAUUACAAAGGAAAUUAAGUUACAUUAGUUUAACAUAAUUUUCAAACUAAACAGUCUUUGAACUUUUAAUAAGGAGACUAACAUGGUUUUCUAACAAUUGAACACAAUCCGAUUCAAGGUCAACCACUUCACUGACAAAAAAUGCUAACAAAUAGACACAUUGAAAUAAUGUUGCCUCAUAGAAUGAAUGUGCUACAUGUGGCAAUGUAUUUAUGAUAUGAAACAAUAGCUGCAAGGUGAAUUCUGACUGGGGGAUUGUUUGACAUUGUUAUUCUGGACAGAUCUACAAUUCAAAGAAGGAUGUGAUCCAUUACAUUUCACACAAAUAUGUAACCCUGAAAGUUGUAGGAGUAGCAUUUAAAAUAUUUAGGGGAAUUCUGAUUAUUGUUUUGCAUCGUGGGUUGCAUAUAAAACAGCCACAGUUCAGCGUCAACAGAAUCCCAACUGAGAUUUGAAUCAAUGGAUUUUUUCAGCCUAAAUUGUAUGUCAUAAUCCCUCCAACCAAAGCUCUGCAUCUUUUCUAAUUGUUGCCAUGUAACGAAACAAAUAUAGCUUGUGCAGGGUGCUUGGCACAAUAAAUAGAGGCAAAAAUAAAAAGGCAUCAGUCCAUUGUGAAAUGGACCCACUUUUUUCAUCUUUGUACUUAAGUUUAACCUGAAUUAAGCCGUCAUGAUAAACAAUGUGAUGCUGAAUAUCUGAAACUGGUUCUUUGAUUAACAAUUUGUUCAGGACAAUAUACUCAUUAUUCCAAAAUUUUUCUUUCAAUGUCUGAGAGAUAUGAGCCCGAAGCGUUGAUGAUACACUCUGAACCUGAGAAUUUAUACCUGAUGUAGUGCUGCUGCUGGUACAUGUAACUGUGGCUCCACUGCCUGCUGGGUGGGUACAGACUGUACAGCAGGGGUUGCCCACUACGAUCUCAUAAACAGGCUGUAGGGGUACCGCUGUUUUUAUGAAUUGUCGGUUCCAGUUUAUUUCAUCAGCAGCACUGUAAACAUGACAAGUCAGGAACAGUUAAGUUUGGAGUCAUAUAGAUUUGAGCCCGUUCUUUCACAAGAAGGAAUUGAGAAAAGAAGACGUUCAUUAGAGUCGCAGACCAAGCAGACGGUACACGUUUCUUCAUACAAAUGUCCCGAACCUCAACUUGUCAUUACGCAGAUGAUGAAUCCACAAUUUACAUAACCUUUUCUUUUCAGAUUCAGAUGACUUGGUUGGGUCAAGAAUUUCGAGGAAAAAAAUUCACAUCUCCCCUUCGCAAUAGUGCAAUUAACAGCUUGACAGGAAGCAUCAACCUAUUAAUUCGUAAAAUCUACCAUAUCACAUGCAUAUCGUAGAAUCUCAUCAAAACCAGAACAGACUGUGUGACGUCAAAAUUAUUGAUUUUUGAUGAUGUAGUGCUAGUUGCUGGUACAUGUAACUGUGGCUCCACUGACUGUUGGGUGGGUACAGACUGUACAGCAGGGGUUGGGGCAUCUGCGAUCUCAUAAACAGGCUGUAGGGGUACUGAUUGGGCACGUGAUCCAUGGCUGACUAUGUAACUUCUUCCUGAAACUGAGGUAGCUGCCUCUGAAUUAAGACUGGCAACUGACGUGGGAAUGUUAAGAGUCAAUGGAUGAUGCGGAAGCCUUGGUGGUUACUGUGGUAACUACUACACAAUGAUCAAGGGAUGUCUUUGCCGAUGGACGGGCAUAUGGGCUCUUUGCCUUAGAUGCUCUCGUUUUAUGGUCUCUCAACAUGGUUCAUGAAACAAAAGAAACUGCAUAAAUAUUUUUUAUUAUUUUUUAUACCCCCGAAAGAAGUUCAGGGGGGGUAUAUAGGAAUCACUCUGUCUGUCCGUCCGUCUGUCUGUGCAGAUUCGUGUCCGGGCCAUAACUGCUUUGUUCUUUGACUUAGGCAUACCAUAUUUGGCACACAUGUUGAUCACCAUGAGACGAUGUGUCGAGUACCUUCAUGACCUCUAUAUGACCUUGACCCUUGACCUCAAGGUCAAAACUAUAAGUUUUUUACAAUGGAUUUGUGUCCGGACCAUAACUUCUUUGUUCUUUGACAUAGGCAUAUCAUAUUUGACACAUGAGUGUAUCACCAUGAGAUGAUGUGUCAUGUACCUUCAUGACCUCCAUAUGACCUUGACAUCAAGGUAAAAAUUAAAGGUUUUUACAAUGGAUUCGUGUCAGGGCCAUGACUUCUUUGUUCUUUGACAUAGCCAUACCAUAUUUGACACAUGAGUGUAUCACCAUGAGACGAUGUGUCGGGUACCUUCAUGACUUCUAUAUGACCUUGAACUUUGACCUCAAGGUCAAAAUUGAUCAUAGGGUUUUGACAUAAUCAUACCAUAAUACAUGGGUGUAUCACCAUGAGAUUAUGUGUCAUGUACAUUCAUGACCUCUUUAUGACCUUGACCUUUGAUCUCAAGGUCAAAAUUAUAGGUUUAUGCCAUGGAUUUGUGUUCGGACUAUAUCUUCCAUUUUCUUCUACAAAGGCAUACCAUAUUUUUACACUCAGGAAAGAGGUAAUUUAUACCUAUUAACAACACCCUUUGGGAGAUUGGGGUAAGCGGGGGGUAUUCUUAGUGAACAUUGCUCACAGUACCUCUUGUUUUUUAUUAUUUUCAUUUCUUUUACUUUUAUUAGUUUAGCAUAAUAUAUAUUUCAUUGAGACUGUAAUUUACUUCUGUUAACUUCACUGAAUUAUUUUGGAAAGCUUUUUUCUUUCUUCUUUUUUUUGGCUGACCUACCAGGCUGAGCUGAUUUUAUUCAAAAUAAAAUAAUAUUCAUUAAAGGUUGAAUAAAACGACUAAAUUUCACAUUAAACAAUUCAAUUAAUUUAUCCUAUGUAACGUCCGAUUAAUUUCACAAGCUCAUUUUACCUUUAUCCUCGUGAUGCUUCAGAUCAGUUUCUUAGUUAAAUUUCUGCCACCUUGCAGCUUUCUUGUUCAGCAGGAAAAGGAUGUUACACUUGAGCAUGCAUAAGUAUAAAAUACUACGAGUUAUCAUUCUUCCUAUUAAUAGAGAUGUUUCUGAACAUGAAUCUGCAGGUCUAUUAAUUUUGCCAAUAUGUUCUUACCAAAAUUACUCACCUUUGACCUGACCCAAAACUUCUCAGAAGUUUUACUUUCACAUCAUGUAGUACAGUUCUUAAUGAGCAUUUUCAUACCAAAAAAUACAUACCCAUCCAGCAAGGUGUGAGAAUUUGUUUACAUUGAAGUCAAGCACAUGCAAAAUCAGCUGGUCAAAAGCUAAAUCACCCACAUCUACAACAAAAAUUAAAAAAAAUAUUUAAAUUCUUCUUUCAUGUUUUUUACUCCCAACAUUUCAAACACAAUACUUGAAUUUACACUUCACAAAAAAUUGGAGAGCCUACCUCAUAAGGAAAGUCCCAUAAUACAAGCAAAGUUCCCGGAAUUAUUUUCUUUCGGCCAUGAUUCAACAUGAACCUCCACAUAAAUAUAGUGAUGCAACCUGCAAUAAAAAUAUGGUUUCUUUAAAUUUUAAUAAACUUCAUAAAAAAGAAGUUGAAUGAUAUGUAUGUGUGACUGUACAUUCAUUUUUUUUUUUUAAAUUUCUGAUCUUUAUGAAGUGGAACAGGCAUAUGAGGUGUGUUUGGAUGAAAUUGAGCCCAUUUUGAGCAAUUCUGAUAGAAAAUGUAUGUGUGUGAAAUUUGGAUUUUUCACCUAUUUGUAAUUGAUGACAGUGAUUUUUUUUUAUAUGGAAGGCCUUCCCUUGUAUGUAGGAAAAUUGUUGGUGAUUUUAUGUGGUAUAUUUAUAUUCUAUUGAGAUUUGAUGUGUAAAAUUUGCAAUUGAAAUGUGAUGAUGUUCUUAAUUAAACUUAUCAUAUUUAA